AUGAGCAGCAACUACAGCGUGACUCUUUUAGGCCCCGCCCCCUGGGGCUUCAGGCUGCAGGGAGGGAAGGACUUCAACAUGCCCCUCACCAUCUCCAGGCUGACGGCUGGUGGGAAGGCGGCUAAAGCCAGCAUUGCUGUCGGUGACUUGGUUCUGUCCAUUGACGGCAUCGCCACGGAGGGCAUGAACCACCUGGAGGCCCAGAACAAGAUCAAGAGCAGCGCUGACAACCUCAGCCUCACCCUGCAGAAGGCUUCCAGUGUUCCCAAACCUCCGGCUGUGGCUCCAAAGGACGACAGGUCAGACAUCAUAAAACCGGUGGCCCUCACCCCCCCGCCUCCACCAUCCAACCCGCACCCUCACCCCUCCAGCCCCUUCAGCAAAACCCCCAGGCCUUACGGGGGCUGCGGCGGGAGGAGCGAGUACACUCCGCCGCAGUCGCCCUUUGCUGCCUUCAUCCCGUCCCCGUCCUCCGCCUUCACUCCUGCAUCCUCUUACACCAGAUCUCCAACUCCUCCUCUUCCUCCUCCCCCACCUCCUGUCUCUUACCCAUCCUCUGCCUCCUCCUCGCCCCCUGUCCUCGUUCCGCCUCAGCCGUCGGUGUAUAACACACCCAUCAACCUGUAUUCCAAUGAGAACGCCUGCGAGGUGGCCAUGGGGCAGAGGCGGGGCCUGUUGGAGAGUCAGGGCGGAGCGUUGCCGCUGCAGAUGAAUGGAGUUCCCAGGAAGCAUGUUGUGGAAACAGACAUCCAUUUCUACCACGUGCCCACGCACGCCGACGCCAGCAGGAAGCGCAUAACGGAGGACACCGAGGACUGGCGCCCUCGCACCGGCACCACCCAGUCCAGAUCCUUCAAGAUUCUGGCUCAGAUCACUGGCACUGAGCAAGCUCAAAAUGAGGAAGAGGAAAAAGCACAGAAGGCAAAUGAGGACGGCGAGCCUCAACUCAACAGCCACGAGACGGCAGUUGUCAAAACCAUGAUUAAAGUACCUGCUGCAAGCCACGGUCAACGCCCGCGGGCCGGUUUGAUCCUUCCGUCUUUCGGUGUGAAGGGUAACGGCAGUGCCAGUGUCCCGAGGGGUCCUGUCCCAGCCCGUCCUGUACCUCAGCCCCAUCCUACAGAGGAGGACACCCUGGUCCAAAUGGCCGAGCACAUUCCUGCAGGGACUCGUACGCCCAUGUGUGGCCACUGCAACCAGGUCAUCAGAGGACCCUUUUUAGUAGCACUGGGUAAAUCGUGGCACAAGGAGGAGUUUAACUGCGCCCACUGCCGCACGUCCCUGGCAGACAUCGGCUUUGUGCAGGAGCAGGGAUGUGUUUACUGUGAACACUGCUAUGAAGACUUCUUCGCUCCAACAUGCAGCUGCUGCCAGGCCAAGAUACUGGGGGAGGUGAUCAAUGCCCUCAAGCAGACGUGGCACGUGCACUGCUUUCAGUGCGCUAGCUGUCAGCAGCCAAUCAGAAACAACACCUUCCAUCUGGAGGAUGGAGAACCGUACUGUGAGCAAGAUUUCUACAAUUUGUUUGGGACUGGUUGCCAUGGCUGUGAGUUCCCCAUCGAGGCUGGAGACAAGUUCCUGGAGGCCCUCGGUUUCACCUGGCACGACACCUGCUUUGCUUGUGCUGUGUGCUGCACCACGCUGGAAGGACAGACCUUCUUCUCCAAGAAAGACAAACCUCUCUGCAAGAAACAUGCUCACACGAUCAAGAUUUAA